AUGUUCACAAAAUUUUUAAUACUUUCAUUAUUGUGCAUUUUGAUUCUUCAAAAUGAAAACUUAGUAAAUGCACAAGAAAAUUACGAAUACGAUGACACGUAUUAUGAUGAAUAUAAUGACGAAUAUAAUUAUGAAGAUUAUUAUGAAUAUGAAGACGAAACUACAACAACAGUUAAAACAACCACAAAACCUAUUACAACAACGACAAAACCUACUACAACAACAAAACCUAUUACAACAACGACAGUUAAAACAACCACAAAACCCAUUACAACAACGACAAAACUUACUACAACAACAAAACCCAUUACAACAACGAAAUUUAAAACAACUAAAAAACCUAUUACAACAACGACGGUUAAAACAACCACAAAACCUAUUACAACAACGACAAAACUUACUACAACAACAAAACCCAUUACAACCACGAAAUUUAAAACAACUACAAAACCUAUUACAACAACGACGGUUAAAACAACCACAAAACCUAUUACAACAACGACAAAACCUACUACAACAACAAAACCUAUUACAACAACGACAGUUAAAACAACCACAAAACCCAUUACAACAACGACGGUUAAAACAACCACAAAACCCAUUACAACAACGAAAUUUAAAACAACUACAAAACCUAUUACAACAACGACGGUUAAAACAACCACAAAACCUAUUACAACAACGACAAAACUUACUACAACAACAAAACCCAUUACAACCACGAAAUUUAAAACAACUACAAAACCUAUUACAAAAACGACGGUUAAAACAACCACAAAACCUAUUACAACAACGACAAAACCAACUACAACAACAAAACCCAUUGCAACAACGAAAUUUAAAACAACUACAAAACCUAUUACAAAAACGACGGUUAGAACAACCACAAAACCUAUUACAACAACGACGGUUAAAACAACAACAAAACCUAUUACAACAACGACGGUUAAAACAACCACAAAACCUAUUACAACAACGACGGUUAAAACAACAACAAAACCUAUUACAACAACGACGGUUAAAACAACCACAAAACCUAUUACAACAACGACGGUUAAAAUAACCACAAAACCUAUUACAACUUUAAAAACAACGACAAUAUUAAUUCCAACCAUUUUAACAACUAUUCAAGAAACCACAACACUAAGCUUAACACAAUCUUCGAUAACCCAGGAAAAUAAUCCUACAACUGUGCCACAAAGCUCAUCAUCAACUGAUUCUAGCUUGAAUGAUACAAGCUCAUCAAUAAGUUCAACUUUGGGCAGUGAAUUCUCGACACAAUCUACGAUAACCCAGGAAAAUAAUCCUACAACUGUGCCACAAAGCUCAUCAUCAACUGAUUCUAGCUUGAACGAUACAAGCUCAUCAAUAAGUUCAACUUUGGGCAGUGAAUCCACGACACAAUCUACGAUAACCCAGGAAAAUAACCCUGCAACUGUGCCACAAAGCUCAUCAUCAACUUAUUCUAGCUUGAACGAUACAAGCUCAUCAAUAAGUUCAACUUUGGGCAAUGAAUUCUCGACACAAUCUUCGAUAACCCAGGAAAAUAAUCCUACAACUGUGCCGCAAAGCUUAUCAUCAACUGAUUCUAGCUUGAAUGAUACAAGCUCAUCAAUAAGUUCAACUUUGGGCAGUGAAUUCUCGACACAAUUUUCGAUAACCCAGGAAAAUAAUCCUACAACUGUGCCGCAAAGCUUAUCAUCAACUGAUUCUAGCUUGAAUGAUACAAGCUCAUCAAUAAGUUCAACAUUGGGCAGUGAAUUCUCGACACAAUCUUCGAUAACCCAGGAAAAUAAUACUACAACUGUGCCACAAAGUUCAUCAUCAACUGAUUCUAGCUUGAACGAUACAAGCUCAUCAAUAAGUUCAACUUUGGGCAGUGAAUUCACGACACAAUCUACGAUAACCCUUGAAAAUAAUCCUACAACUGUGCCACAAAGCUUAUCAUCACCUGAUUCUAGCUUGAACGAUACAAGCUCAUCAAUAAGUUCAACUUUGGGCAGUGAAUUCUCGACACAAUCUUCGAUAACCCAAGAAAAUAAUACUACAACUGUGCCACAAAGCUCAUCAUCAACUGAUUCUAGCUUGAACGAUACGAGCUCAUCAAUAAGUUUAACAUUGGGCAGUGAAUUCUCGACACAAUCUUCGAUAACCCAAGAAAAUAAUACUACAACUGUGCCACAAAGUUCAUCAUCAACUGAUUCUAGCUUGAACGAUACAAGCUCAUCAAUAAGUUCAACUUUGGGCAGUGAAUUCACGACACAAUCUACGAUAACCCUUGAAAAUAAUCCUACAACUGUGCCACAAAGCUUAUCAUCAACUGAUUCUAGCUUGAACGAUACAAGCUCAUCAAUAAGUUCAACUUUGGGCAGUGAAUUCACGACACAAUCUACGAUAACCCUUGAAAAUAAUCCUACAACUGUGCCACAAAGCUCAUCAUCAACAGAUUCUAGCUUGAAUGAUACAAGCUCAUCAAUAAGUUCAACUUUGGGCAGUGAAUUCUCGACACAAUCUUCGAUAACCCAAGAAAAUAAUACUACAACUGUGCCACAAAGUUCAUCAUCAACUGAUUCUAGCUUGAACGAUACAAGCUCAUCAAUAAGUUCAACUUUGGGCAGUGAAUUCUCGACACAAUCUUCGAUAACCCAAGAAAAUAAUACUACAACUGUGCCACAAAGCUCAUCAUCAACUGAUUCUAGCUUGAACGAUACGAGCUCAUCAAUAAGUUCAACUUUGGGCAGUGAAUUCUCAACACAAUCUUCGAUAACCCAAGAAAAUAAUACUACAACUGUGCCACAAAGUUCAUCAUCAACUGAUUCUAACUUGAACGAUACAAGCUCAUCAAUAAGUUCAACUUUGGGCAGUGAAUUCACGACACAAUCUACGAUAACCCUUGAAAAUAAUCCUACAACUGUGCCACAAAGCUUAUCAUCAACUGAUUCUAGCUUGAACGAUACAAGCUCAUCAAUAAGUUCAACUUUGGGCAGUGAAUUCUCGACACAAUCUAUGAUAACCCAGGAAAAUAACCCUGCAACUGCGCCACAAAGCUCAUCAUCAACUGAUUCUAGCUUGAAUGAUACAAGCUCAUCAAUAAGUUCAACUUUGGGCAGUGAAUUCACGACACAAUCUUCGAUAACCCAGGAAAAUAAUCCUACAACUGUGCCACAAAGCUCAUCAUCAACUGAUUCUAGCUUGAAUGAUACAAGCUCAUCAAUAAGUUCAACUUUGGGCAGUGAAUUCUCGACACAAUCUACGAUAACCCAGGAAAAUAAUCCUACAACUGUGCCACAAAGCUCAUCAUCAACUGAUUCUAGCUUGAAUGAUACAAGCUCAUCAAUAAGUUCAACUUUGGGCAGUGAAUUCUCGACACAAUCUUCGAUAACCCAGGAAAAUAAUCCUACAACUGUGCCGCAAAGCUUAUCAUCAACUCAUUCUAGCUUGAAUGAUACAAGCUCAUCAAUAAGUUCAACUUUGGGCAGUGAAUUCUCGACACAAUCUACAAUAACCCAGGAAAAUAACCCUGCAACUGUGCCACAAAGCUCAUCAUCAACUGAUUCUAGCUUGAACGAUACAAGCUCAUCAAUAAGUUCAACUAUGGGCAGUGAAUUCUCGACACAAUCUACGAUAACCCAGGAAAAUAAUCCUGCAACUGUGCCACAAAGCUCAUCAUCAACUGAUUCUAGCUUGAAUGAUAUAAGCUCAUCAAUAAGUUCAACUUUAAGCAGUGAUUCUACGACAACGUCAUCUCCAAAUAGUUCUUCGUCGGUCAUUUCAUGUGAAGAUUUAAGCACAUGCAAUUACUAUCUAGAUUUUGACAAUCAUUAUACUUGCGUAUUUGACUUCAAUUACCCAGCUAGGUCUGAACAAGAAAUUUUACCGAUUGAAAAUAUUGAUACUAAUGUUGCGAAAGUGUUAUACAGAAAUUGUGUCUUAAAAUAUAUUCCUAGUUCCAUAUUUCAACGUUUUCCAAAUAUGAAAUAUUUGUCGCUUUCAAAUACUAGCAUCACUAGUUUAGAUUCAAAGACGCUUUAUGCUUGUGGCAAUAUUGCAUAUUUGGACCUAAGUUUCAAUAAUAUAUUAGAAUUGACAGCAGAAUCUCUCAGUAGCUGUAAAAACUUGAAGUACAUCGAUUUAACGGGAGUUCCAAUAGCUUCAAUUGAUGCAAAUCUUGUUCAUGUUUUGCCUAACUUAGAUAGAGUUUUGCUCAACAACAUUUAUAUAUAAAACAUUUAUUAUCAUAAGUUCUAAACCUUUAGCUGGAUUAUAGGACAUUAAUUAGGAAAGCAAACAAUCCAAUAAAAUCUUGAUUGUGCUUUAUCU